AUGGCAACACAUCGGAAACUUCCUACUGAUCAAGUAGACUUGAGAAAGCAGCAAGAGGCCGUGUGGGAACUUUUUGCCAGCGAAUGCACUUAUUUCUUGGACCAUUUAUUAGUUCUUAAGAUGAUCUUCAUGAAUACACUAAAAUAUCUACAAACCCAUGAAUAUCUCCUGGAUGUGGAUUCAUGGCGCCUUUUUGCAAACCUGGAGGAGUUAAGUCAGACAAGCUAUGGUUUUGUGAGCAGUCUUUUUGCCAUCAUCAAGGACUACUUCGAUGCCUCUGAGACUUCACCACCCAUGGAUUUCAUUUCCGUGCUCGCGAAGCAUUUCCGAGGGAGCCUCUGUCAGAGCCACCAGACCUACUGCCUGAACUACUCCGCCGCUGUCUUUUACCUCGAGAGCCUGAAGCAGAGAGAGGACUUCGGAAUUUACUUAAAA